ACAACACCCGCCCCCGAACAACGGUAACAAAGCAAACGCUAACAAAAAUUAUCAUUUAGAUAAAUUUAAUCCAUUAAAGAUAAGCUUUAAAGUACAAACCACGGAUCAAUACCAAAGAUGGAGGCAAAAUUUUUGGCAGGCCUAUUUUCAUUCCUCUCAAUAUUUUUAGCGAUUUAUGCUCAAUCACCUGAGCAAGAAUUUUUGGUGCCAAAUUAUGAUAAUGUCGAACAUCAGUUAAAAGUUUAUGAUAUACGUGCUCCAUUAGUAUUAAGUUGUGAAAUUACAGGGGAAGGAAAUUACGAAUUAACAUGGGAAAGAAACGGUACAGAAGUGAGUAAAGUUAAAGAACUUGAGGGUCGCUAUCGUAUAUUGGCGGCCGAAAGAAAGUUCAUCAUUGAAAAAACAGAUGUCCAUGAUGAUGGCCUCUAUUCAUGUGUGGCCAAUAAUGUAAGGAAAGAUUUUAAUGUAGUUGCUAAAAUUGCUGUUAGAGUGCCUUCAAACUCUGGCGUUGUUGAGGGUGAAAAAUUGUCAAUUGUAUGUACUGUUGUUGGUACUAAUCCACAAUUGUCAUGGAGUUUUGGUAAUUUAACCAUCAACAAUAGCACAGGUCGUUAUUUGUUAAGAGCCGAUGAUAAUAAAAUUCAAAAUGCUAUUUUAACCAUUGAAAAUGUCAGUUUGGAUGAUAGAGGCGAAUACAAAUGUAUUGGCCGUAAUGACGCCACCGAAUACGCUAAAGUGCCAGAAGCUAGUGAUACAUCUUUUGUACGUGUAAAAGGCAAAUUUGCCGCUUUGUGGCCUUUCUUGGGUAUCUGUGCUGAGGUGUUGAUACUGUGUACCAUCAUUUUGAUUUACGAGAAGAGACGCAACAAGAAUGUAGCAGAUGAUGACACAGAUGCCCAGGAUCAGUAAGUUUCUGUAGAUCAAAA